AUGAUAAAUGUUUCAUCUACUUUUAGAAGUCCGAAAAAGAAUAAAUAAGACUUUAAUGAAUUGUUAACAAUCAUUUAAGUAUUUAAAAAAAACUAGAAAAUCUAUUUAUCAUAAAAUCCUAAAUUGAUUUCAAAUAUUUAAUAUGAUGAACCCUCGUAACUUGUCUCAAUUAAUGAAACUUUACCCAAUAAAAGCAAGAACAAGAAGAGUCGAUCAACUGAAUAGAUCAAUUUAAAAUCAAUAUUAGAAACAUGGUAAGCUAAAUAAAUAUAUAUCAAAGAUAAUAUUGUCUCAUAAAAUAUUUCAAGAAAUAUUAUUAAUGAUCCUAGUAAUUUGUAAUCUUUAAAAUAUUACUAUGGCAAAAAACAACUUUUAGCAAUUACUAAAUCAUAAUUAAACUAAUAAUUUAAUUCUUAAAGAACUAAUAGUGUCUCUAAGAAUAAUUAAACUUAAAUCAAAUUGCCACCACUCAAAUCUAUGAAUAAAUUACUUGUAACUGAAUCCGAUAAUAAACCUAAAAGUACUCUAGGUUCCAUAACAAAAAAAAUGUUUUCUUCUGAUAAAACCCUAUCACAAGAUGUUUAUAUGCCAACUUAAAUAAGUAUAUUAUUAUUUCUAUCUAUUUAGGGGUUCCUCCAAUAAUUCUGCCAAAAAUUGUUUUGAAUAAAACUUCAGAAUGA